UCUUUUUUUGGGUAGAACCCAAUCUUUCUUUCGAGUACAGUAAAUAAAUGUAUCUUGCGUAUGCUGUACACAGCUUAAACAAACCCUUGACCCUGAAGCUCUCAUCUCUCUCUGGUAGUUCACGAUCUCCCUUUAUUAUGUAUACUCUCUGAUUUCUUAUAUACACGCGCUUUUUGAUUCUUGGAUUCUGUUCUUCUCUCUUCUCCCCUUUUAUAAGCACAAUCACACCGACAAAGAUUGUGAGUCCACCAUUGCUUUCCAAUCUCUUCAACAUCAAAUCCCUCCCACGAAGAAGACUCUCUUCUAAUCACUGGCGAGUAUAUACAGAGCACUGUGUAGAAGAGAAAAGAACAGUACUCUGGAAACAGAGUAAUGGCGACGACCCUUUUUCCUCUGUUCUUCCUCUGUCUUCUAGCUUGCACCAAUGCAGAGAUUUCGAAGAAGAUGGGUGUCAACUAUGGUCAGCUGGGCAACAACCUCCCUUCACCGUCUCGAUCCAUCGAGCUCAUCAAAUCCCUGAAAGCAGGUCGCGUCAAACUCUACGAUGCAAACCCAGAUAUUCUGAAGGCCCUCGAAGGGACCAACAUCCAUGUAUCAAUCAUGGUUCCCAAUCAAUUAAUCUCCAACAUUUCUUCGAGCCAGUCCCUCGCAAACGAAUGGGUUCGAACCAAUGUCGUUCCUUUCUACCCCAAAACCUUGAUUCGUUACCUCCUUGUCGGCAAUGAAAUCUUCAGCUUCUACUCCGACCAAGAUCGCCAAACAUGGUACGAUCUCGUCCAAGCAAUGCGCCGACUCAAGUAUUCCCUCAAAAUCCAUAGCAUCAGAAACAUCAAAAUUGGGACUACAGCUGCCAUGGAUGUCCUUCAAUCGUCCUUCCCACCGUCGAACGGAACGUUUCGGUCCGAUAUCUCCAUACCGGUGAUGAAGCCCCUGUUACAGUUCUUGAACCGGACCAAAUCCUAUUUCUUCCUCGACGCCUACCCUUACUUCCCCUGGUCCGGCGAUACCACAAACAUUAAUCUCGACUAUGCACUUUUCAAAGGGAACCAAACCUACACCGACCCGCGAAGCGGCUUAACCUACACCAACCUCCUCGACCAGAUGCUAGACUCGGUUAUCUUCGCCAUGACCAAACUUGGGUUCCCGAACGUUCGGCUGGUAAUCGCUGAAACAGGGUGGCCCAAUGCCGGAGACGUCGACCAAAUCGGAGCGAACAUCUUCAACGCAGCUACAUAUAACCGGAAUCUAAUCCGGAGAAUGACGUCCAAACCAGCAAUCGGAACUCCGGCCAGACCAGGUGUAGUAAUACCGACAUUCAUUUUCGCGUUGUACAACGAGAACCAGAAGGGUGGACCGGGAACUGAACGGCACUGGGGAUUGCUGAAUCCGGACGGAACCUCGGUUUAUGAGGUCGAUUUGACCGGAAAACGGCCGGAAUUCGACUACAAACCGUUGCCGGCGCCGUUGAACAAUGAACCGUACAAGGGGAAGAUAUGGUGCGUGGUGGCGAGAGGAGCGAAUCGGACUGCGUUGGGGUCGGCGAUAAAGUACGCGUGUGGUCAAGGCAACGGUACGUGCGAAGAGAUCCGGCCCGGGAGCGACUGCUACGAACCGGUAUCCCUGGUUCGGCACGCGAGUUACGCUUUUAGUUCUUACUGGGCCCAGUUUCGAAAGUUUGGUGGGACCUGCUACUUCAACGGACUCGCAGUUCAAACAACCAAGGACCCAGGUCAUGGAUCUUGCAAGUAUCCAAGCGUGACCCUUUCAGGAUGAUUAAGAAACGAGAAGAUGGUUUUCUUUUCUUUUUUCUUGUUUUUAUAAUUUAGCUAAAUUAACUCCUUAUCUGGGGUUUUACUAUUUUGUUCUUCGGUCCGAUUUUCUUUUCUAAAAUUUUAAUUAAUCUGUAAUAAUAUUACGUAGGUCGCUGUUUCCAUUUGAAAACGAUGUAUCUCUGAAUCUGGCUAUUAUAGCUGUCCAAAACCCAUUACUAUCAGCUCACAACGGCUAUAUUUACUGCUA